AUGGACUCCGCAUACCACACCAUCACCAUCACCUGCCACUGCAACGCCGCAAAGCAGGUACUCACCCCACGGGACACCCAGGGCGUCUUCUCAAACCUGUCACUUUGCCACUCAUCGACCAGAUACUUCUGUUCAACUUGCGGAUGCCACAUUUUCCGUGCCCGACACCCAUCUCCUACCGCACCCUCCGAAGAAUGGAAAUGGGAGGUAGCAACAGGCACCAUUAUCGAUGCGCCGGCGUCAAGCCGUGUCCCUGAGACCUCCCACCACCAACACACCAACGCCACCAACGACGGUGGCCUCUCACCUUGGCUUCAAGCACCCCCACCCUCCCAUGACACCGACUCACCACCGCCACCGGACGAGAACAACAACGAUACCCUCCGCGCCUCAUGCCACUGCACCUCCAUCACCUUGCUCAUAGCUCGUGCCUCCCCCUCUCCCCUCAACCCCAAUUCCCCGUACCCCGACCUCCUCCUCCCCUACACCACCACCCCCCUUCCCACCAUUCUCAACCCCUCCCACGAGAAGUGGUAUCUCCGGCCCACAAACACCAACAUCGACGCCAAUGCCGACACCAACACCUCCUCAAUCCCCUCCCCCCCUCAAGCAAACAACGCCCACGCCCACGUCCCCUACCGCUACCUAGCCGGGACCUGUGCCUGCCAGCUCUGCUGCCUAACCUCGGGUUUCGAGAUCCAGACCUGGGCAUUCAUCCCCCGCCGCAACAUCGCCAUCCGCGGCAGCAGCAGCAGCAGCAGCAGCAGCAUCCCCGUCCCCGCAGCCCCUUCGCCUCUCUUUCCUCCUCCUUCUCCUCCCCCGUCCAGUCUAAAUCACGCCACCUACCAGCCCUUAGACUUCUCCCACCUACCAGCCGGCGUCCCACUCAAAAAAUAUGAGUCCUCUCCCGGCCGGGCGCGCGAGUUCUGCGCUGUGUGCGGCGCGACCGUCUUCUGGCACGACACGUUCCCGGCCUGA